AUGGCAGAGAAGUACUCGGUUGAAACGCACAUCUCUGCUAAUCCACAAUCUUGGGUUGGCAUUGAGAACAUUUUAAGAAAGAAAAAUAACUGUACUUGUCUGUACAUUUCUUAUGUUCAGAAUCGUCUGCAUUUGUGGAUCUUGAAAACAAGUGGAGUCCUUCACUAUAGAAGAGUAUCACCAGAAGAGAAUCUAGUUCAGGCUGGGUUGCCCAAAGAUUUGUCUUUGAGUCAAUUUUUGGAUGAUAAUUUCCGGAGUCUUGGUAUUUUGCCUACUAAAGAUUGUGAAGAUCGGUCUUUAAAUACGAUUAAACUGCAAUCUCUCUCUCCCGCACAAAAGAGCUCAGCAAGAUUGUGACUCGUGGAAGAGGACGAGGACGAGGACGAGGACGAGAAAGUGAUUUCAAGUCUAUCUUUGUGUUACAAAAUGUUUAUUGCUCCCGUUAAUGAUUUUCUUGAGGAGCCUGAAGUCAUUAUUGUUCCUGACCGCAGGUUGUACAAAGUUCCUUUUGCUGCCCUGAGUGAAAAGGAGGGAGCCGAAUACCUAUCGGAGACUCAUAGGAUCCGUGUCAUUCCUUCUUUGACGACGCUAAAGAUCAUUCAAGAUAGUCCAGAGGACUAUCACAGCAACACUGGUGCCUUGAUUAUAGGCAAUCCCAAGGUUGAUGGGCUGCAACCAUUGCCAGGUGCAAGAAAAGAAGCGGAGAUGGUCGGACGACUGGUGGGUGUUCCGCCUCUGAUAGAAGAGAAAGCAACGAAGCAGGCGGUACUUGAGCGAAUAAGUUCAGUGAGCUUGAUACAUUUUGCUGCUCAUGGUAACGCCUAA